GCCGGCUCUCACCAUGGGCUGCAGUUUUGUCCGUGCUGCGACUGCGGUGGCUUUCUGCCACCUGCUUCAGGAUUUUUUCGUGACGGAUGCAGCUUCAUCCUCGGCUCAUGUCUACAGCAAGGUCUAUGCAGCGAAGCGAAGUGACUACUACCUUCGCCGCGCUGAAAGCUUCGAUUGGAGCCCGGAGGAGUGCCGGGCCCUGCUGGAGGCGGCGCUGGAGAUCGACGCGGCUAAUGCAUCAGUCCUGGCUCGUGCGCGGGUGUCGCAGUGUGACUUCCAGGAGCCUUCGAAGUUAGAGGGCCCCACGGAGUUGCAAGUCGGCGCUGUUCGAAGCUGGCCCCGAGAUUGGAUGAAGUCAAAGAACUCACCCGAGAUCAGGGACCUUUUUACUACGCCCUUGGGUUUCUUGCACGCGUCGGAGCUGAAGCUGAAGGAUUGGCGUGGCACACUGCAGCGCUUCGCUGAGGCGGCCAUGGCCAAGUUCCAGCAGGUCCGACGCCGGGAGAAGCGUCGAAGCUUUGUGGACCUCAACAACCACUUCUUCCAGAGUCAGGACACCGAUCCCAAAAACGCCAUGGCGGCACCUGCGGCGUGGCCGGAGCUCUACUCCAGCAGCGAGUACAAAGAAUGGGCCACGGUCAGCCGAAAGAUUUGCACCUCCUUUAUCAACAAGCUGGGCGUUCCCUUGUCGGAGGAGGAGGCGAACAACAUGGAACUGGUGACCUGGGCUGCGGUCUACCCCAAAAGCUCGGAGCCGGUGACGCACUACUACCACGCCCAUCAGGAGGUUUGGUCAGGCUUUGUCUUGUACGUGAAGAUGCCCGAGCCGACCACACCCUUGACCAUUUCAGACCCACGAGGAGCUCCUCCAGUAGAAGACUUCGAAUGGUUUCAGGACUUGGGCGAUUUGGGAGUGGAUGCUGAUCCUCCCUUCCACCGGCCCAUGGAGUUCUAUGCUGAGGAGGGAGACAUUCUGAUCUUCCCUUCCUUUGCCAUCCACAAGGUGCCGCCACACCUUGGUGAGAGCACCAGAGUGGUCUUUCCAACCAACUGCCAUCUGCCGAAGAAGUUCCAGCGGCUGCAGGAGAGGUUUGAGGGACAGGAAUGCCCCCUGGAUGGCUGGGAACGCAUCGCGAGAUGGCAGGCUCCGAUGUUGCCCCGCCCCGGGGUCCUCCCGGUCUACGCGCAGCACGCGCAGGCGGUCUUGAAGACCGUGCAGCGCUUGGAGGACCCCUACAUGAAGCUAUGGGAGGUGCAAAAUCAGGUCCUGGCUUUGUUGCAAUUUGGCGCCAGCGAUCCCUGGGCCUGGCUGGCAGCAGGAAAUGCUUCAGCCAGGGCUGCAGUGCUUUUGGACUCCAGAGGCGAAGGGAAGUAUUACUUGGAUGCUGCGCUGAUGUUUGCUCGCGCACUGCGUCUUGAUGCCAAGAUCAAACCACAGCUGGAUGAAUGCUUGGAACAGCUCAUCCCCAAGAAGGUCAAGAAGCAGCAGAAGGAUGCAUACCGAUCCUUGUCCUCCUGGAGGAAGCUCAUUUUGUCCUGGGGCACAGAGCCGCCUGAGUUGGAAGUCACGCAGUUCCUGCACGAGGAGGUGAAUGGCCCGAGUCUCUGCCGGAGGAUGUGCCCCGCCAACUUGGAGUCCGCCUUCAGGACACUUCGCAUUCUACCAGCCUUCAGCACUCGAAUCUACAUCGUGGCGGCCCAAAGGGACCCCUUGCAAGGGGCGCUGGCAGCUGCGCAGCGGAUUUUGGAGGAGGACGCCCCUGGCAUCGAAGUCAGCCUUGCCGAGGCCCCGGAGACGGACUCGACCUCCGACUGCUGGAAGGAGGUGCCGCCUGAGGCCUCCAUGACAGCUGUCCUCUGUGAUGCCGUGGGUGCCGUGCUGGUGGCUGAUCCCCGGGGAAGAUGGCCGAAGAAUUGGCCUGGCAGCCAGGUCGGUGGCGCCGCAGAGCCCAAGGCGCCCUUUCACUGGCACCGAGAGAUCCUCUGUGCCGAAGGUGAUGUCGUCUUGCUUCCUGCCUGGUUGCAGUACAAGGCCAGCAAGAGCUAUGCCGUCACCGCCACCCUGCCGGGCCGACUUCCCUUGGCACGGCGCCUGCCCCGGCCACAGCAGGCCGAGUUGCUGAAAGCUCGUGCACACCAAGCUGUCUUGGACUCUGUGGACAAGUGGAUCUUGGGCAAUGAGAAGGGCUCGGUGAAAGCCGCCUUCACGGCUUGGAACAGCUUCAGCAAGCAAAGCAAGUCCUCCGAGCGCGCGCGACAGGCGGUGCAUGCCUCGUUGCGCCAAGCGUUGUUGGGGAAGGACAAGGCUGCCGUGGUGAAUGCUUUCAAGAAUUGGUUGUCGCUCACGAAGAGCGAGAAGGCAGAGCGCGACCGCGAGCAGAUCCUGGCGGAUCAGAAGAAGCACUGGGAGGAAGAGACCGACCGACUGCGAAACCAAUUCGACAAGGAGAUGCGCGGCACCAUGACGGAGCAUGAGAAACUGAAGGCGCAGGCUCAAGCGCAGACCGAAUUGGUUCUCAGGAGGUGGCUCAGCAUGAACGAGUUGGACAUCUCUGAGCACUUCGUGAUGUGGCGCCGCUACACGGCCGCCACGAAGGAUUCCAGCAGGAAGCGCAACGCGGUGAAGGACGCCAUGUCCCGCUUCUUGGAGGGCGAACGCAGGGGCGUGAUGCACUCCACCUUCACGGGCUGGAAGACGCAUGUGGCGCAAGCUGCAAAGGACAAUUCGCAGAUCAGGAAGUUGGAGGAGCAGGUGGAAAGAUUGCUGCGGAAGCAGGAACAAUCUGUGCAGAAGUAUGGCACUUUCCUUGCCAGCAAGUCGGGUCCUGCCAUGAAGGGCUUGGUUUUCCGACGGUGGUUCGAGCUCUCUCAGGGUGAGAAGCAGCGAGCUGAAUUGGAGAGAGAACGCGAGGUGCAGUUGGAAGAGAUGGCGCGAAAGCACAAGAUGGAGGAGACCCGCAAGAAGGAGAUGCGCGCCAAAGCCUUGCACAACUUGGGCGUGAAGGGCGGCCGGGCGGUGCUGUUGGAAGUCUUCCUGGCUUGGUCCUACGAGUACCAAAAGAACAAGGAGGUGAGAUGCCACAAGAUGAACGAGAAUCAAGCUCUGGUGAACUACUCCAAGUACAUUCUCGGAAAGAAGCUGAAGGAGGACUCCCAUGCAUUGCUGGCCUCCUCUUUCAGCGAGUGGCGAAGAGAGGGGAAGAUCCUGCGGCAUGAAGAUGCCAUGAACACCCUGGAAGAGCGAGACGUCUAUAUCGCCCAGUUGAAGGCUGGCUUUGAGGAGCAGUUGGCGCUUGCCUACCAGCAGAUCGAUCAGAUCACCGAAACCUUGCAGAAGGAGCUUCAAACCAAAGAAGAGCUGGCGCAUGAGCUCCGGGAAGCGUACGCCGAUGGAACUUGGGUUCACUGGAACUGGGCGCACUCGAAGGUCCUGGAGGAUGUGAAGAAUCUGCCGGACUAUCCCGUGACGCCUGGCUCGGCGACGCCCGGCGCGGGGGCUCGGGGUGAGGUUUCUGGCGUUUCUGGGGCGGGAGGGGCUCCACGCGGCGCCGACAAACCUCCACCGAACGCCGUGGUGCCGGGGAGGGGGAUGGAGGAAGCACCAACCUCCGACCUCUCGCAGGUCUCCGAACCCUUGGCCUUUCAACGCCCAGCCACAACAGGCGACCCAAGGGGAACGACUGGUCGGUGGAAAGGAAAGGCAACAGUUUUCUUGGUUUCCACCCCGGUGCUUCAAGCACCGACCUUCGACCUUGGCAUCCAACCGAUGGCCCAUUUCCAUUGGUUCAACUACCUCAAGACAUUCGCCCAUAGCUAG